AUAGAAAUAGCACAUAGAAUCUUAGGCCAUUCACAAAAAUAAAGAUCAAAUAUAUUUUUUUUUGUAGAAAUAGCAAAACACAACUUUUUGAAAUUCAAGAAAGCCAAGAACACUUAUAAAAGAAACACUUUUCCAAAUUAAUGGGGCGUUGGAUGAAACCAGAGGUUUACCCUCUAUUGGCUGCAAUGACCUUUGUGACAAGCAUGUGUGCCUUUCAGCUGACUAGAAACUUGCUCCAAAACCCUGAUGUUAGGAUUAGCAAACGACGUCGUGCCAUGGCAGUGUUGGAUAACAAAGAAGAAGGAGAGAAAUAUGCUGAACAUGGCUUGAGGAAAUUUCUUCGUACUCGACCACCAGAGGUUAUGCCAGCCAUCAAUCACUUUUUUAGUGAACAUAAAUGAACAAGUGUCACAUAUAGAAUAUUUCAAUAGAUAAAAUAAUUAAACUCGAAGUGCUUUUAAUUAGGGGUAAAAUCAAAGGGUUUAUUUGUCAUGUAUAUUGUUUUCUUGCAUUAUAAUUUUGUCUCAUCACGUGAUGUUAAUUUGGUGUUUAGUUUAGUAGUAUACUAGUAUCAUGUAAUUGUAAUCAAACAAAAAAAUAAAAACCCGUUUUGUAAUCUUGAUUUAUCAA